GAUCUUUGUUCUCUCUAAUGGAAAUGUCUAAUCACGAACUUGGUCAACUUCUUAUAUGUGGUUUUGAUGGCCUGGAACCUACCCAAGGCAUUUUAGACCUUAUAAAAAACCAUGGACUGGGCUCCGUUAUCUUGUUUUCUCGUAACAUCGAUACACCCGAGCAAGUGCUUAAGAUGACAUCUAAGUUGCAGCAAGCCGCCAAGGAUGCUGGUCAUACUCGACCCUUGCUCAUCGCAGCUGACCAAGAAAAUGGUGUUGUUCGUCGUCUGGGAUCGGCGGGUACUUAUUUCCCGGGCAACAUGGCCCUUGGUGCCAUCCGCAGCACCGAGAAUGCGAAACAAGUGGCCGUGGCUACAUCUAAAGAAUUACUUGCUUUGGGAAUUAACUGGAACUUGGCUCCUUCGCUGGAUGUAAACAACAACGCUCUCAAUCCUGUUAUUGGUGUUCGUUCUUACGGUGAGGAUCCUGAAUUAGUUGGCAGGCUCGGCGCUGCUCAAGUCAAGGGCUACCAAGAGUCGAAAGUUGCUACUAGUGUGAAGCAUUUCCCCGGUCAUGGAGAUACAGCCACUGAUUCUCACUUGGGAGUUCCUGUGAUUGAUAAAUCCGUAGAAGAUCUUGAAAAGGUUGAACUUAUCCCCUUUCGCCGAGUAAUUGCUUCCGCCGAUCCAGCUUCUGUUAUGGUGGCCCACAUGUCACUUCCUCAGAUUAUUAAGAAGAUCGAUGGAAAGCAUCAACUGGUUGCCAGCAUUUGCAGAGAAGUACCCUAUGAUUUGCUACGCAAGCGCAUAGGUUAUGAAGGUCUUAUUGUUACCGAUUGUUUGGAGAUGGAUGCAGUCAAGGACACUUUUGGAACUCCUGAAGGAGCUGUUCUUGCUCUCAAAGGAGGAAACGACAUGGCUAUGAUUUCACAUACUUUGGACUUUCAACUUCAAGCAUUUGACCUUGUGAACAAGGCCUAUCAAUGUGCAGAACUCAAUGCUGAGGAAAUCAAGGCAUCUCUUGCAAGAGUGGCUUCCCUCAAGGACAAGUUUAUCGACUGGGAAAGUGCAUUUCCAUCUGAGCAAGGCCUGAAGGUUGUAGGCGAUCCGCAACACACUCAAAUUCGAGACGAACUAUACGAUAAGGUUCCAACCAUUGUCCGCGAUCGCACCAACAUAUUGCCACUGGCGUUACCUAAAUCGGAGAAGCUUCUUUUCUUGGCUGCCCAUGUGCCACUGACGCUUGCCAUUGAUUCAGAGCCGAAUCCAUUUGCUUCUUUCUAUCAAAGCAUUGUCAAACGCCAUGAGAAUACUGUUGACAUUACUUUCUAUGAGGACCAACACACUGAUUCUGAGAUUGAAAAGGCCAUCUCCGAAGCGGCUACUAUUAUUAUUGGUACCGCCAAUGCAAAUUUGCAUCCCUUCCAAGAGGUCAUGGUCAAGCGUGCUAUUGCUUCAGGAAGGCCGGUUAUCGUCACUGCCGUCAUUAAUCCUUAUGACCUAAUGGUAUUUCCAGAACUUGAUACAUACCUCGUCACAUACGAAUAUACCCCUCCUGCACAUGAAGCUGCAGUCAAGGUUAUUUUUGGCGAAAUUCAAGCGACAUCUAAGCUACCGGUAUCUCUGCCAGGUAUCGGCCAGUAUGACUCCCAACCUGAACAUGAAUGGUCUAUUGCAUCAUAUGACGAAAAACGUGACUUUGAUGAAGUCAAGAAGCUUUGGGACAUUUGUCUGCCGGACUGGCCCCUCUCUGCUGAAAAAUUUGGCUUCGUAUUGACCAACGGACCAAACCCUGCGCACUACGUCAUUCGAUUGAAGACUGAUGGAGUCAUUGGAUUUGCAUCUACUUUUGCUACUUCAGAAAAAAAGACAGUGACAGGUCACUUGAGUCUUAUUUUGGUAUCUCCCGAGCACCGGGGUCAAGGCGCUGGCAUCCUUUUGCACGAAACUGGAAUGCACAGGCUGAGAAGUUUACCAAACAUACAAAGCGUCCAGCUCGGUGGCAUUUACCCUCGCUUCUUUUGUGGUGUACCUGAAAAUCUAGGUCCAAAGACUCUGGAUUUUUUCAAAAACCGCGGCUGGGUUAUGUCUAAGGAACCAGUUUGGGAUCUCAUCCAAGACUUGACUAACUACGAAACUGACCAAGUCAUCAGCAAUCGCAUGAAGAAGGAAAAUAUACAUUUCAGCCGCAUAACGCCCUCUCGACUAUGGGAGCUUUUGGCAUUCCAAGAAAGGUACUUUGACUUCUGGCUGAGCACCUAUCAACACCACGCCGAAUUGGGUGACUUCCAAGACCUGAUUGUUGCCAGGGAAGGAGAUGAGGACGGUAAGAUCGUGGGAAGUCUUGUCCUGUAUACAGCUUGUGGUUCUCAUCCAAGAAGAAGUGACGUGCCAUGGUCCGACUCGGCCUUAUAUGGAGACGAUUGUGGUGGUAUGUCUUGUGUCGGCGUUGCAGAUGAACAACGAGGCAGAGGCAUCGGCCUUGGCAUUGUUGCUUAUGCAAACGAAGUGCUUAAGCGAAGGGGCGUCAAGAAUUCUUAUGUUGAUUGGGUCGAAGCCGUAGGAUUUUACAAACGUACUGGUUACUCUGUAUGGCGUGGAUAUUACAUGAGCUCGAGACAAGUAUAGUCUCUGUUAAACCGCGAGCUUGGAAACCUGGAUAUCCUUAAUUGGCCAUGCGC